AUGCGGCCAUCUUUGAAUUUGCUCGCUGCCGUAUCCCGCGGCCAGCCGUCGAAGCUUAGGAAGCCGGCAAUGAGUUUGGACCAUUUCAUCCAAAGACAGCGAGUCCUCGGGUUCUGGAGGGAGGUUACUCGAGCAUUACAUAGUAAGAUUGUCCGGUUUAUCACUGAACUAGCAUCAGUUGCUGACUGGCUUGUCCAAGAAAUCCCCAAAUCGUCGACACGGGACGAAUUGCGCAGCUACGCUCGCCAAGAGUUUGAGCGUCAUCGUAAUGUAACGGAUUUGCAACAUAUACGGUAUUUGCUUUCGACAGGGAAAUCGGAAUUUGAGAUGAUGAGACGGUAUAUCGAUGAGCAAGCCUCUCACUAA